CCAACUUUAUGGCGGGCUGGGUGUCUACUAUUUAUGGCAAUGGAGGAGACAAUGAAAUGCUACGUAAUAACAACCGCGAAGGGCGGGCCGUCCUCAGCAUCCCUCCUGCCUCCCUGCAUCCCAACCAGAGAGGGGCUGAAUGGCACCAGCCCCUCUCGGCUUCAGCUAUCGAGAAACGUCCGCUUCUUUGUGACACCAUGGCAACCAACAGGGAGCACCAGCUGCGUCACAUGGCCGGCUUCUCUCGCGCCAUGUACCCCUUCCCCUUCAGCUCUAUGAGGAGCCACUCGCCCUUUGACCUGCUGGCCAGCAGCAACCUGUUUGGUCGCUUUGGGGCGGACCUUCCUAAAGAGAUGGCGGCGUUGUCGGUGGAGACCCAGAGCACCAGUUCCGAGGAGAUGGUGCCCAGCUCACCGUCUCCUCCGCCGCCGCCUCGCAUCUACAAGCCUUGUUUCGUGUGCCAGGACAAGUCGUCUGGAUACCACUAUGGGGUCAGCUCCUGUGAGGGAUGCAAGGGUUUUUUCCGCCGCAGCAUCCAGAAGAACAUGGUGUACACGUGCCACCGAGACAAGAACUGCCAGAUCAACAAAGUGACGCGUAACCGCUGUCAGUACUGUCGGCUGCAGAAGUGCUUCGAGGUCGGCAUGUCCAAAGAAGCGGUGCGCAACGACAGGAACAAGAAGAAGAAAGACGUGAAGGAGGAGGCGGUGUUGCCUGAGAACUACGAGCUCAGCGGUGAGCUGGAGGAGCUGGUUAACAAAGUCAGCAAGGCUCACCAGGAGACGUUUCCAUCUCUGUGCCAGCUGGGCAAAUACACCACAAACUCGAGCGCUGACCACAGAGUCCAGCUGGACUUGGGCCUGUGGGACAAGUUUAGUGAGCUGUCCACCAAGUGCAUUAUCAAGAUCGUGGAAUUUGCCAAGCGGCUACCAGGCUUCACCACGCUCACCAUCGCCGAUCAGAUCACCCUCCUCAAAUCUGCAUGUCUGGACAUCCUGAUGCUGAGGAUAUGCACGCGCUACACUCCCGAGCAAGACACAAUGACAUUCUCCGAUGGCCUGACCCUCAACAGAACCCAGAUGCAUAACGCUGGCUUUGGCCCGCUCACUGACCUGGUGUUCGCCUUCGCCGGGCAGCUGCUGCCUUUGGAGAUGGACGACACAGAAACGGGCCUUCUUAGCGCCAUCUGCCUGAUCUGCGGAGACCGCAUGGACUUGGAAGAGCCCGACAAGGUGGACAAGCUGCAGGAGCCGCUGUUGGAGGCAUUGAAGAUCUACACCCGCCGCCGACGCCCCAACAAGCCUCACAUGUUUCCUCGUAUGCUCAUGAAAGUCACCGACCUCCGAGGGAUCAGCACCAAAGGUGCAGAAAGAGCCAUCACACUAAAGAUGGAGAUUCCUGGCCCCAUGCCGCCGCUCAUCAGAGAGAUGCUGGAAAACCCAGAGGCCUUCGAGGACAGCAGUGACUCAGGAGAAAGCGCCGCCACCACAGCUGCCGCCAGCACCGAACCCGCAACCGCUCCUCCGCCCGCCGUUCAGGCCAUUAAGCGAGAAGAGAAAAGCACAUGCGAGUCGGUGGUGGAGGAUGAAGAGGACGACGACGAGGAAGACGACUACUGGGACGAAGAGAGGGAGCGACUGGCGGACAGUGACGCAGAGCUAUGGGGAGAGGAAGCGGAGACGGCGGCAGGGGGGGCGACCACACAAAAUAAAAGCGGGACAACAAAGCAGUAGUAAAUGAUGACGAUGCUGCUUCCUCGUCAUCCUCACCCUCCAAUCAGGCUCUUAUUAAACAAUUGCAACGUUUACAGGAAGUGAGGGAUGAAGCAAAAGCACUAAAAAAAUGGAGGACCAGAAUUUCACUGUGCCAAAAAAGACAGAAUGUGGUCCGCAGUGAGAGACAGGAGGACACACACCUCUUCAGGAAAAGGGCUACACUUAAAACAAAACAAAAAACGUUUUAUACAAUGACAAGUGACACAAAUUGUUACUUAUCUUUUGCAAUUGUCUCUGUUCGUUGUCUAUUUUCUUUGUGUGUCUUUUUUUGUUUGUGGUGGACAAGGUGAGAGCAGGACUCAAAACUCCCAGCCUAAACCGUCUGAAUCUCAGGCGGCAAGUAAGCAAUACUGAAUUUGACGAUUGCAUUCUGAAAUAAGCCCAGAUGAUGCCGACUGAGGACAGAUCCGGUCAUGUGGUCUCUCUCGGGUGCACUCAGUCACCUGUCAGCGCAGAGGAACAUGACUCCGCAUGACCAUGAAGCCAUAAAGUCGCGAGUCAGCUCCAUGGAAAUAAGAUAGAAUAGUAAGACUUAUUUAAGCCUGCAGCUAGCUACACUCCACCUUCAUUCAUUUACAUGUUUUUACCGCUAAUAAAUGCACACAUCAAACUUUAACUGGAUUGUCUAAUGCCAAAUACUAGUUUUGUUUUGUCCCAGUCGUCCCAUUGUAGCUGUACAGCAUAAUUUGAGGACAUCUGGGAUGACAUAGGAACGUUAAGAUGCUCUCAAGUGGAGGCCUGAAUGUAGCAGCUGAGAAUGUAAAGACAAGAAAAAAAAGGUAAUUUAGGUAUAAAAUACAGUUAGUGGAACAUCGGUUUUCGGUAAUAGUCCGUUCAAAAGGGUCUGACCAAGAAAAUGCCAAUAAAAAAAGUUGGAUUAAAAGGGUCUGACCAAAAACCGAAUCGUAUGAAAACAAACAUUGUGUCCUCUAAAUUGAUGAGUUUCGAACACCCAAAAAUAUUAACACAAAACACAUUUUGUAGAGAAUAAUUUUUGUUUUACAUGCAGAAAAAAAAAUUUAUGCAGACGACACUUUCGUACUUUGCUACGAGUUUGUUUUUGAAUCCAAUCGUGUUUUUUCUUUGUCGAAGUGCUGGCACUUGCAACUUUCUUUAGCCCCACUGUAGAUUAUUUUGCAGAUGUACUCAAUAAUUUAAAACAAACACAGAGACUGAGUCAACAACAUGUUGGAUUUUGCAGAAUCAUACGUGGACAAACGGACCAGUCUGGAUGUAUGAUAACCGAGACGGCAUACGCAAACCGAAUCAUACAAAAAGUGGAGCAUACGAAAACUGAGGUACCACUGUACUAUAUUUCUGCGUCGAAGAUGUACAAAUGUAUCUUGUGUUAUAAAGAAGUUUAGUCAUACAAUUUCACUGUUGAAUUUGACAUACUAAAAUACAUCAUGACCAGAAUCUGUUAGGAGCCAAUAUACAAAAAAAUGCAUGUGUUAAAAUAGGGUACAUUAAGAAUAUCCACAAAAAAAAGUACAAUU